CUUAUCACCAAGUGAGAACAGGCCGCUGUGAAAUACAGUAAAUCCUGAAACACCAACAACUUCUUCCUCAAACACAACCAGCUCCUCCCAGUCAGGAUAUGUCUGUGUCUCCUCCCUUCACAGGUGUGUCAGUGUGAGAACCAGUGAACAACAAGCUGGGAACUGUGGGAGCUGGGUCACUACUGGGAGUGAACGAGAGAGGGAGGAGCAGAGAUCUGUUUCUGUUCAGAGGAAGUGAAUCUGUUCUUCAGUCUCUGGUAGCAGCUGAAAUGGCGCAGAAAGAAAUUCAACUGACUAUGGAAAGAUUCUACUGUUCGAUCUGUCUGGAUCUACUGAAGGAUCCGGUGGUUACUGGCUGUGGACACAGCUUCUGUAAGAGCUGUAUUAACACCCACUGGGACAAAGGGGAGGAGAGAGGAAGCUACAGCUGUCCUCAGUGUAGACAGACCUUCACACCGAGGCCUGUCCUGGUGAGAAACACCAUGUUAGCUGAUUUAGUGGAGGAGCUGAAGAAGACUGGACUCCAAGCUGCUCCUGCUGAUCACUGCUAUGCUGGACCUGAAGAUGUGGCCUGUGAUGUCUGCACUGGGAGAAAACUGAAAGCUCUGAAGUCCUGUUUGAAUUGUUUGGCCUCUUAUUGUGAAAAACAUCUCCAGCGUCAUCUUGAAUCAGCUGCAUUGAAGAAGCACAAGCUGGUGGAGCCCUCGGAGAAGCUCCAGGAGAACAUCUGCUCUCGUCACGACGAGGUGAUGAAGAUGUUCUGCCGCACUGAUCAGCAGUGUAUCUGUUAUCUCUGCUCUGUGGAUGAACAUAAAGACCACGACACAGUGUCAGCUGCAGCAGAAAGGACUGAGAGGCAGAGAGAGCUCGGGCUGAGGAGACAAACCAUCCAGCAGAGAGUCCAGGACACAGAGAAAGAUGUGAAGCUGCUUCAACAGGAGGAGAAGGCCCUCAAUGGCUCUGCUGAUAAAGCAGUGGAGGAGAGUGAGGAGAUCUUCACUGAGAUGAUCCGUCUGCUGGAGAAAAGAAGCUCUGAUGUGAAGCAGCAGAUCAGAUCCCAGCAGGAAACUGAAGUGAGUCGAGUCAGAGAGCUUCAGGAGAGACUGGAGCAGGAGAUCACUGAGCUGAAGAGGAAAGACCAGGAACUGAAGCAGCUCUCAGACACAGAGGACCACAACCAGUUUCUACACAACUACCCCUCACUGUCACCACUCAGUGGAUCUACACACUCAUCCAGCAUCAGGAUCCGUCCUCUGAGGAACUUUGAGGACGUGACAGCAGCUGUGUCCCAGGUCAGAGGUCGACUACAGGACAUUCUGAGUGAGACAGAGACAGAGAUUUUACAGAUUGUGUCUCAAGUGGAUGUUUUACUGCCACAACCAGAACCAGAGACCAGAGCUGACUUCUUAAGAUAUUCACAGGAAAUCACACUGGAUCAAAACACAACAAACAAACAUCUGUUAUUAUCUGAAGGAAACAGAAAAGUAAAAUGGAUGAGUAAAGAUCAGUCUUAUUCUAAUCACCCAGACAGAUUCACUGAUUAUCUUCAGGUCCUGAGUAGAGAGAGUCUGACUGGACGUUGUUACUGGGAGGUGGAGGUGAAGGUGAGAGGAGCAGUUGCUGUAGCAGUCACAUACAAGAAUAUCCGCAGAGCAGGAAACUCAGAUGAAUGUAGAUUUGGAUUCAAUGAUAAAUCUUGGUCAUUAUAUUGUUAUAGAAACAGUUAUGACUUUUAUUACAACAGCAUCAUGACUCCAGUGUCAGGUCCUGUGUCCUCCAGAGUAGGAGUGUACCUGGAUCACAGUGCAGGUGUUCUGUCCUUCUACAGAGUCUCUGACACCAUGACUCUCCUCCACAGAGUCCAGACCACAUUCACUCAGCCUCUCUAUGCUGGAGUUAGGGUUGAUUGGUCUGGACACACAGCUGAGUUCUGUAAACUCAAAUAGACUCGAGUCAUUAAAAGCAGUGAUUUAGAUUCUGUGUGUUAAUCUUUAACUUCUUUUGUCUCCAUGUUUGUUGAUCAAAGUUCGUCGUGGUGACGUUUCUGCUCCGCACAGAGAUCAGCUGUCAAUCAAACACUGACCUUCCUUUAUCACACAUAUUCAGUUCUCACUUUGUAAAGACAGAAAUCUAUAAUAACACUGACAUGAAUGUGUUAAAAACUAUUGUUGCUGUUGUUUUCUAAAUCAAAGUAGAAAUCAGGUUGUGU